GGAAUUAUGAGAGUUUUCAAUGUUAAUGAAAGAUUAGGUCCAUUAGGUAAACCACUUUAUACCUAUGUAACCAAUUUCCCCAUAAGAUGUAUAUCAAUCAGUCCCAAUGGAUCAUUGAUUGCAUGUGGUAUUACUGCAAGAGAGAGGCUUUCAGGAAAAGAGCAACCAUUUAUAGUUUUAAACAAAUUGAUUCCUUGUACAACCAUCCCAUCGAAAAAAAUUUUGGAUUCAGUGGAACCAAUCACUAUAACCAUUCCAUAUAGAGAUCCCAUCAAAUUGAUCAAUUUUAAUGCAUCGUCAACACAUUUAUUAUGUUGUACCGCAUGGGAAUCAAGAUAUCUUAUCAUCAGAUUAAGAAGUGCCCAUUCUGACAAUUAUAGACGACCAAGAUUGAUUUGGGCUGAUGCCAAAUACUCAAGAAAUCAGCCAUCGAAUAUCUUGGGUAAUAGUCUAGACUUUGGCAUCGAUGAUAGGAAAAGAUCCGACUUGGGGUUGGAUGAAAACGAUAAUGAUGUUUAUUACGAUACGGAGUUGAUGAUGGAUAACGAAGGAGUCACCGACUUACAAUUUGGCUCUUCAUUCUCCAAUACAGUUGUGUUAACUACUAGCUCAUUGAAAAACAAACCCUCGGUGGUUAUUCGUUUGGAUGGUCCCUCCAUUGAUUCUAGACACACCAACGAUGGCACAGACGCCAGUCUCCAUUCCAGCAACCAUAGCAGGCACGCCAAUGAAAAAAACUCCGAGAAUAGCGAACUCACCAACAUCAAAGACGCAGAAAUCAUCAUGAGGUUCCCAGAAAUCGGUUCAAUGAUUCAUGGGUUCUCCAUGUCUCCGCGUGGUGAUGGCAUAGUAUUCCUCGAUAAAACUGGUAAGUUAUACCUAGUCUCCACCCCAAACUUCCGUCUCAACACCAGUGCCACCGGAACCCAGGGUAAGAAGAUCGUGGUUCUUUUGGGUGAAGUCUCCAAUGCUGAGCACUAUACCGAAUCGGCAUCAGUCAAAUUCUCAAGCGAUGGUGGUAAGGUUUUCACCGUCGACCGCAAAGGGAUCUUUUCCGUGUUUGACUUCACAAAGGGUAUUCCUGGCGAAGAUCUUGACGUUGUCAAAUGUAAAAUCAUCACUUUAUAGACUAUAUACUGUUUUUUUGCAACUAAUAAAGCAAAUUCUCUCGGACAAAUCACAGAACAA